CUGGAAACCAGAUGGUGGUUAAAACUGAAGCUGACUGAAGGAUCAACAACAGAAUUCUGAUCUUUAGGCAGUGAAUACACAGCUGUAGAGAGAAAAGGCAAGCGGUAGAUCAGGACCAGAAGACCACAGAGAUCAGAGACAGAAGAACAUCUGCCAUGAGAGAAGAGGAUAGCUGUGGAGAUUUCCCCAAAGGUGGAGUGAUUCCCCGGGAUGAGGACGAGGAGCGACGCAGUAAUAAAUGUCCCGUUGUCGUGACCCGAAAACGACUGACAAGCCCUAAGAAGGAGCUCAGCGCUGAUCUGCUCGCUGAAGAUAAAACCGUCACACCUUCUAUCCCUAAACGUCCCAAAAAGAGUUCUCCAUCCCCUUCAUCCUUGUCCUCGUCUUCACUGGUGCCGUUGGUGAGCUCGGUGUCUCCGCUUCCUGGUCAGCAGUUUGAGGAUCUUCACUCUCAGAGAGUCAUCGCGAACGUGCGGGAACGUCAGCGCACACAGUCUCUGAACGACGCCUUCGCCUCGCUCAGGAAAAUCAUCCCCACGCUGCCAUCCGACAAACUGAGCAAAAUUCAGAUCCUCAAACUCGCUUCGCGCUACAUCGACUUCCUCUACCAGGUGCUGCAGAGCGACGACGGACAGAUGGACACCAAGAUGGCGAGCUGUAACUACCUGGCACACGAGAGACUGAGCUACGCCUUCUCCGUGUGGAGGAUGGAGGGAGCCUGGUCCAUGUCGGCCACUCACUAACUCCAACACCUCGUCUGAUUCACAUUAACUCUGUGAAACCAGAGACACUCAGCUGGGUUUCAUAGUUUUAAUUAAUGCUACUAGUGUUAAGCUCGCCCAAUUACCAUGACCACGCCCCUCACCCUGACCACGCCCCCUUCACAUUAUCCUUAACAAGUCUAGUGUCCAACAAAAGUCUUUCCUCAUCUAAUCUCCAUAAUUCAGUGUUCUUCUGACGCUUCCACUUCCUGGUUCUAUUCUCUGACCAAUCAGAAACAAGUUUAUUGUUAAUGUGUUUAUUAUGGGCUGAUUAGCGACGCCACUGCUAACCUUAAGUCCAUUCCUCUUUUAAACAUCAACAACACUCCUGACCUUUGACCCUGAAUCUGAUUCUCUCUCUCUGCCUGAAACCAAGUGCAUUGUGGGUAUUCUGUAGAUUACAUCACAGGGACACUAACCUGUUGCAGUGCAUUGUGGGAUUUCAUGAGUAAACUGAACUGUAAAUCGUCCACUUCUGGAAAACAAACGCAAAACAACAAAACUCACACAGCACUACAGAAUCCCAGAAUUCCGAGUGUUUAUCCCCUCAGUGAUCGGAGAGAGUCUAAGAGGAAUUUGCUUCUCCACAGCAGAGUCUCUGGGUUUCAGCUCAGACUGGACACUGAGAACUCACACCUCCUCAACACUCCAUCGCACUGUACGCAUACACACCUGCUCACUAACUCAUUAUCUAGCAUUUACCUAGCAGGUUUUUCUCUCUCUCUCUCUCUGAUUUUCCUUUAAAUCACCUUCAGCCAGCAUUUUGAAGAGGAAGUGUGUCGCAUGGGGUAAACUCAACACUGAACACUUGUUCAUCAGGAAUCUAAAUAUAAAUCUAGAUCCUGAUUUCUGAUCCCGAAGCUACUCUGUCACAGUGUUUAUUGUUAAAAUGCUGAAGAAAUAAAACAGAAUUGAACUGAUUUGAAUUUAAAUGCACACUCACCUAAUAAAUUUCCUUCAAGAUUACUGGACCCAUUACUAUGAUGUCCAUGGGAAAUCGUCCUGGGGGGGCUGGGGGUCGAAGCCGGUCUGUGGUACUGAAGGAGUUUAAGUGUUUUCAAAAUGACUUCCUGUAUGCUUUAAACAAAAAUAUAUAAAUAAACCAAUAAAUUAAUAAUUCAUUCUAUUUCUACGCAAUUCCUCUGAUCAGUGCAGUGUGUAAACUAUGGUGUGUGUGUGUGUGUGUGUGCAUGUGUGUGUGUGUGUGUGAGUGUGUGUGUGUGUGUUUUAAUUACGAGUACCACACACUCUUUAGCAGCCAGACUUCCCUCAUUACUGUAUAUCUCUGAGACGGCCCUAAACUUUUUUUUCACUUUGAGGUUUUAGUAAUAUGUGUGUGUGUGUGUGUGUGUGUGUGUGUGUGUGUGUGUGUGUGUGUGUAUGUGUGUGUGUUCAACAGUGAUAAAAUGUAUGUAAAAUGUAAACAUCUGCAAAAGCCUGAGCUCGUCUCUGUUCUCCACACUCAGAGCUCUAAACGGUUGUUUAGAGGAGCAGCAUCAGAACUUCUGAUCUGUUGAACACAUGGGAUGUUCAUUUUCUCACCCUGCUGUUUACAUAUGCCCCACCCUUUCCACCACGCCCCCUCCAUAACCAUUCUUUUACAUAACCCCACCCCCUCUGUAGCCCAAAUCUGAAGAUUUCUUUUAGCCAGUCUGACCAGCUCAUUGGUCUCCUCCACACAGUCCGAUGUUCCCCCCAGAGUCGGGUCCCUCGUCACUUCGUCUCCAGCAGAUCCCGAGACAGGCGAUGGCAAAGACAUUACAGACAUUACUGACUAAGCUCAUUGUCCAUGUGGAGUCUGUUUCUGCUCUCCAUCUCCACAGUGUAGCUCUGCUUCCUCACCACGUUCCAUCACAUGAUGAAUAAACGUUAGCAAUCAGCAGCUUGUCCAUCUGAACAGUAAAACCAACACGAUUCUCCCUGAACAUUUUUAUCUGCUUUAAUAAAACCUCUCUUUUAUACAAUAUUACAAUCUGUCUGUAUUAAAGUUGAUGAUAAAAUA